AUGAAGCUCUUGCACCGUUUUAGUACUCGUAGGCGUUCGGCACCCACCAAAAAUGCUUUGGCCGACAGUCCGUCUUUACCUCUGGAUUAUCUGAAUUUCUUGGAUACCCUCAACAGCUACACACCUAGGUGGAAAAGGAUUAGUGUCUUCUCUAGAACCAACAACCACCUAUCAUUCGCAUGCCUCGCCUGUGAUACACCCUCGCAUCACAGCAGUCUGGCUGCGUUACAGGAUCAUGUUAAAAGAACUCAUGAUAUCAUUAUUGUGUGUAUGCGUGGAAAUAAGCAGAGAUGUCGUUGCGACGAAUGCGACCUGGAAGUGGAUUCCUUGUCAUUACUGGAGCUACACAUCGAGCUGCGCCACGCGAUUGAUGAAGAGAACGGGAGCAGCAUUUCUGAAAACGAGGCAGUGGAUUUGACCAAGGAGAUUUGGUAUAAAGUCGAAAACGAAGAUCAAAGUGUCAAGAAAGAGAGUGUUGUAAAACCUUGUAUGGAGUGCCGGUCAAUCAUUGACAUGUUCAAAGCAACAGGUCUGAAGGAGGGCGAUGAGGGCACAUCACGGUUUCAGGCUACUUUCCAGUCGCAUCUGCGGUUGGAUCAUGGAGUGACCGUAUUCGGGUAAAAUUGUAGAUAUUUCAAAAUCCGUACCGUUGUCUGGAAGUUUAUAUUGUUUUUGUUGGGGAACCGCCACCAAAUGCACGACAAUACGAUUGCUAGGAAGAUGCCUGUACCGUAUUAUCCAUUUAUUACAAGAAUGAAUAUACAAACAUGCAUCUUUGAAACCUGUACAUACAACAACCCUCAAGAUAAGUUCCCUUGCCGAAUGUUUGGCGAUAUAUACGAAACGAUAGAAUUUCAAAUUUGUUGGUACAUUAAAAUCGGAU